AAGUUGGCUGCUUUCCAGAAGAACAUCAGCAUCGCCAAAGAUAGCGGAGAGCAAAUCUUUAGGCACAUUGCCAGGGUCUAAUGAAUUGCAAAGUAAAAAAAAAUAUAAGAUGUUUUCUUAUGAAAUAUUUUGAUCGUUUUUAGAUUUUUAUUAACCGAUGCUCAAUAAAAUUUGGUGCUUCGUUUCCUACAAAUGCGGAGAUUAAGAGUAUUGAUUUAUGCCACUUUUACAGUGUUAUGUACAGUGUUUUGGUGUUCUAAAGGAGAAGAGGAGUGCAUGAAGAGCACAUAUUGGUGCUAUGAGUGUGACACAAAUUCAGACGCAAGAUGUAAAGACCCUUUCAAUUCCACUGCCCAUCCUAAUGAUCUUCCUCCACUUAAACAAUGUGAAGGCUGUUGUGUUAAGAUCGUCAUGUACGCAGCAACGCCAAAAGAAGUCAUCAGACGUACGUGCACUAAAAGUUUACAAAUCAAUCUCUUCAUGGUGGACCAUGUUUGUAUGUAUGAAGGUGGGAAUACUGGCCAUAUGUGCUUUUGCGAGAGAGACAACUGCAACGGAGCCAGGGACUUGGUUAUUCGGGCACCUUUUCUAUGUGCCUUUCUAGGGAUAGUUCUUAUUAACACACUACUUCAUUUUAGGAAUAUUUAAUGCAAAAAAAAGAGUGUAAAAAUGUCAGUUGCUUGGAAUAAGCUGGCCUUGAUAUUUAAUUGGAAAUGAUAUCCGGGAGAUGCAUUCGUUGAGCGCUCGAUUACUAAACUGUCUGCAACAGUUUAAUACGAGUUUCCUAAAGUUCAGAAGUUGUUAUAAAUAGGGGUUUGUUUGAGGAUGAUUUGUUACAAUAGAGGACUGGUGUUAAGACACAGUUUGUUGGCAAUGCCUGCUAACAAUGGAAAAAAAUUUUGCUUUAUUUCGAAUUAAAGAAAUGUUACACACAAAAUACUCAAAUAGUGAAUAUUUUAUUAUUGAAAGAGCUUUUUUGAAUUCCGAAAAUGUAUUGACAUUAUAGUAAUGUCAUUAGAUUCAUGUAAACAUUUAACCUUCAUUUUUGUGCAAGCAAAUCCAUUGCCAACAUUGGUUUUAAGUAUAAAGUAUUGUGUCAGAAAACUAUCGUUCGUAUAUUUUAAUCAUAAUUAUAAUUUAGCAUUUUUUUAAAAUAUCGAUUAUCAAAUCGUUUGCGAAUUUUUAAUCAUUCAUAGAAUUAUAGUUGAGAAUUGUUUAGUACUGGUCUGUUUUACCACUCACAAGGUGAGCUUGCGGUGAGUUUUGUUAAGAAAAAUAUAAAUUUCUUCUUUUUAUAACAAGUUUUUGUAAUUUCCUUGAAUCAGUUAAAGUAAAAUUUUUAACUUAGCUUCUAACACUAAGCAUUUUAAUUUCAUGUAUAUUAAAGGGGCUUUUUCUUACCAUUAUAAUGAAUUCAGAUUGUCGUUAUUCUUGCCAAUAAAAUUUUGAGCUUGUGACCUUUUUUUAAAAUAAACAUAAGUUUUUAUUGCAUUGAACAACAGAAAAAGGAAACAAACUGUAAUGUUUUAAGGUUAAUAGAGCUUAUUGGGAAUUCAAUCUGAGAUAAAUAAGCCUAAAUACCUAUGUAAUUAAAUUGAAGUCGUAUUUGGCUGAUAAUGACGAAACCCAAUAUUAAUUCAAUAACAAUUAGUUUUAAAUAGUUAUUUUAAAUGCUGGUUCUGAUGUUAGUUUAAAUUAAAUAAAUCAGAUGCAGACCUUUGUACAUUCAGGACAUAGUAAUUCUGUUAAAAGCCUAAUUGCGUUAUUCCUAUUAUUAAGGAGCGCAAUUCGUUACCACAGCAGCUGAAAUUGUUAAUUAUUUGCAGUAAAUUUUGUAUUUUGGCAGUUAAAUUACGUAGUUGAAGUAAAAAUAUUUACAUUUUACAGCUUCAAAUUUUUUUGUCGAUUAUUAUAUUUAAUAAUAAAUAAUUGUAAUCGCAUUUUGCAUUGAAAUAUCAUCGGAUUAAUGAGUUUUAUAAUUGUGUUAAAGGGUUGUUUGAUUUGCUUAAAUGUUUUUAGAACCAUAACGAAAGGCGCAAGAAAUAAAACAAGUAUUAAGACUUGUGACGGUGCUCUGAACUAAACAAUUGGGAUUAUCAGUUGGACAAAGACUUUUCGGUUUAUAUCAGUUCAGACUUGGGACAUUUCAAUCAGCGACUCCCCCAAUAUUUUGAGGGUCUAGAAUCCCACGAAGAAGAAGGUAUCGAAGUAUCGAAAGUAUCGAAGAAGAAGGUAUAUUUUUGAGUUGGAUUUCGAAACUUAAAAUAUCUUCUGCACACAAUAGGGUAAACUAACCAGUAAAGGAACACUUAAGCGUCGCUUGCCUUUUAA